CAUUAUUCUUUUGCUUCUCUCGCAGAUUUCCUCAUCGAAACCCAGAACGGAACAGGAUAUCACAAAUUGAUAGAAUUCGCAGCCAAAAAUGGGUAAUGCUCUCAGAUUUCUAUAUGGGCAUUGUUGCAAGCCAACGGCAGAAGAGGACUCCCAGUCUCUGGGACCUCACGGCGUCUCAGCCGCCACCGUAGGUGUUUCAGCUCUCGCUCAUGAUCUGCUUCACUUCGAAAUCACCUCUCAGGUUCCAGAAGGACUCGAUAAACAUGUUGUCUCCUCCAAAAAAGCGCAAGCAAAUUGGUAUAGAAAACUUUUGGAGGCAUGGAGAGAGUCGAAACCCCCUCCAAAAACACCUGAAGAAGCUACAAGGCUUGUAGUUCAGACCUUGAAGAGACACCAAAAAGCAGAUGUUCAGGGUUUAUUGGCCUUUUAUGGUCUUCCUCUUCCUCACAAUGUUGAGGAAGUCUCCGUUGGAUUCCCAACAAUAUUGCCAGAUGGGGUCAAGUAUGAGUUGCAGACUCUACCGGUUGAUGCAAAAGCAAUAGCAGAUGGGGACACCAUAACUGUGUAUGUUAGUGCUGCGGAUCCCCGGGAAUCAGCAAACGUUCCUAGGGACGUGCAGAUAGCAGCUGCUCAAAGAUCGAAAGCUCGUGAAGUGAGGGAUUACCAGAAGGCAGAUGCUCUUCACCAGAAAAUCAUCGACGCUGGAUACCGGGUACUACAUAUUGAGAACGAGGAAAUUCUUGCUCGGAAGUAUCGGAUUCGACUGAGGGGUAUAGAUGCACCGGAGAGCAAAAUGCCAUAUGGGCAAGAGGCAAAGGAUGAACUGGUCAAGUUGGUUCAGGGAAAGUGCUUAAGAGUUCUUAUAUAUGAAGAAGAUCGAUACGGACGCAGCGUGGGAGAUGUGUAUUGCAACGGCAAAUUCAUUCAGGAAGUCAUGCUGAAGAAAGGGCUAGCAUGGCACUACACAGCCUACGACAAGCGCUCGGAAUUUGCAGCAUGGGAGAAAGAGGCUCGAGCGAAACGAGUUGGGUUGUGGGCUUCAUCAAACCCUGAGAAGCCGUGGGAAUGGAGAAAGGACAGACGUGAAGGCAGAUAGCAUUCCCCUAAUUAAAGAAGCUAGCAUUCACAGGCCAUGCAUUUCUCUACAUAUCCUCCGUCCAGAAUUUGAUAGGGAAAGGGCAUGAGAAGUUCAAUGAGCUCACAAGCACGUUUAAUUAUUUAGGCAGAUGUAACUUAUUUGAAUUAAUAAUGCAAUAGAAGUUACUUAUUAAUUGUUAAAUGUGGAUUUUUUUCCUAAACAUUAAAGAUAUGAUAUCCUCGGGAUAUUCAGGUUCUGUA